AUGGGGCUGCUCCUUUUGCCUGUGGCCCUGGCAGAGCCCACGGGCACUGGGCAGCCCGUGGUGAGGCCAAGGAAAGCCACAGGAGCUCCUGCCUUCGUGGCUGAGAUGCUUCAGCACGUUCACUCUGUCCCUGGAAGAGGAGCCAAGGCUGGCAGCGAUGGAAGGGCUGCCCCGCUGGAGGGGGGUGUUUGCCAUGGACAACGGGCACACCAGCAGAUCCCACUGGAGCGGCUGCCCCGCUGGAGGGGGGUGUUUGCCAUGGACAACGGGCACACCAGCAGAUCCCACUGGAGCGUGGCCACCAGCCCCCCGCGCUGGGAGAUCGGCAUCUACGCGGCCGGAGCCCUGGCACUGCUGGGAAUUGCUGCCCUCAACCUCUGGAAGCUCUGGCGCUCCGGCAGCUACCCGGCCCCUUCCCCCUUCCCCAACUACGACUACCGGUACCUGGAGCAAAAAUACGGGGCAGCGUAUCUGCAUGUCACACACAAGCCCGGAGCCGCAGGCACGGAGCCCCCCCCCAGCCGCAGGCCCAGCCUGCGGGCGGACGAGACCUUCGAGAGCAUCAAGGAGCUGGGGAGCCUGGAGCUGAUGAGCAAGGACUUGGCCCACUACGGCCCCUUGAAGAAAUCCAUCUCGGCCGACUCCCUCAGCUCCAUCUCCUCCAUCGGGAACAACUUCGGGCAGGACCUGGUGGUGGGGCAGGUGGAGGUGUCCCUGGAGUACGACGGGCAGGCGGCCGCGCUGCACGUGGCGCUGCUGCAGGGCAGGGACCUGCUGGGGAAGGAGGGGGCGCGCCACUAA